AUGCCGGACAGCAUUUUCUAUACCUUUACGGCCUAUGCCACCCUGAUUGGCGUCGGCUAUGUCAUUUAUCAUGUGUCCACCCAAAAGGCUCGGGCUCAGGCCAAAGGUCAAAUCAAACCUGCCAAGACCGUACAGCCAGAGACACGUAAAGAAGAUCGAAAGAAGAAGCAGCGCCAGGAGGCCUUCGCAACAGAGGCCCAAGGAUCCUCUAAGAAGCCCAAGGCUGAGCCAGACACUAGUGCUUGGUCGAGUAGUGUCAAGGAGAAAGAUGAAAACAUCGACAACCGCGAGUUCGCCAGGCAGCUCGCAAAGGCCAAGGAGGGAACCAAGUUCGCUACCAAGUCUGAUGCUGGCAAACAGCGAGAAAAGUCUGUGAAGCAAUCUCGCGCCAACAAGGUUGCCAGUGCUACCGAAGAGAAGGAGUCAGCCCAGUCAUCUACCACUGGUGCCGACGCCGACGAUGACCAGUCUCCUGCCACCACCCCUGAUGUAACACCCGCUGUCGCUGUCGCUGGCGAUGUCUCCGAUAUGCUCGAGGCCGCCCCCGCUCGCCAAACCGUCCUUCGUGUGACCGAUACCGAACCCAAGAAGCAGAACAAGAAGGCACCCAAGGCCGAGGCUCCUGUUGAGACCAAGAAGCAGCGCCAGAACCGCAAGAAGGCUGAGGCUGCCAAGGCUGCCCGUGAAGAGAACGAGAAGGAACGCAAGGCUCUCGAGGAGCAGCAACGCCGUGCCGCUCGUAUUGCUGAGGGACGUGCUGCCAAGGAUGGUUCGCAGUUCACUGCUGCCCAGGCCAAGUCGUCUGCCUGGAAGGAGGGAGCUCCCAAGGCUGCCAACGAUGCCCCCGCCGCCCAGACCAAUGGCUUUCACCAGCCUCUCGAUACUUUCGAGAAGGCUCCCUCCACCUCCGCUGCUGCCCCCAAGGCCGACAACAAAUGGAUUGAGUCUCUUCCUUCUGAAGAGGAGCAGCUUCAGCAGCUCCAGAAUGAUGACGAAUGGAGCACUGUUAAGACCAAGUCUAAGAAGGCUGCUAAGAGCGCCCCUUCAGCUGGCUCUGGCGACGAGGCUGCGGCCCGCCCCGCUGCCCAACCCAAGCAGCCUACCGGCCCUAACAAGGUCGCCCAGCCUUCUCAGUCCUUUGGUUCUUUCACAGCACUGACCACUAAGGAUGAUGGUGCUGAUGAGGAGGAGGAAGAGGAAGAGUGGGAUGUUUAA